GGAGCCGUUGAAACUUGAAAAGUAGAGUAGCGAAGUUGUCGCUUAACGCCACGGCACAUAUCCCUACGUUUCAUAUUUCUCUUUCAAUCUCUCUUUUUCUCUCUCUCUCUCUAGAAGACCUUUUUAUCUCUCCUUCUUCAUUCAUUCCCAAUUCCCAACGCCUACUACUUGUCAAAAUCCACUCGCCGUUAUGGAAUUUUCCGGCACCAGUCCCGAUACAGAUUCACCUACCAACACUUCAGAUUCCUCCUCUUCAUCACUAGCCGUCCAACUCACGCUCCGCCUCCUCCAAUCGGACGAUCCAUCUUCCAAUAUAAAAGCCGCCAAGGAGAUCCGACGCCUCACCAAGACCUCAUCCAAGUCUCGCCGCCACCUCUCCCUCGCUAUCCAACCGCUUGUUCGUAUGCUCACCUCCAAUUGUCUCGUAUCUAAUGAAUCCGCUCUUCUAGCUCUUCUCAACCUAGCCGUCAAAGACGAAAAAAAUAAAGUUUCUAUUGUAAAUGCGGGUGCCUUAGGACCAAUAGUUAGUUUUCUUCGUUCAAACAACUUAACUCUGCAAGAACACGCCACAGCAUCACUUCUAACCCUAUCUGCAUCCACCACCAACAAACCAAUAAUCGGUUCUUCCGGGGCCAUUCCUCUUCUCGUUCAAACAUUAGGUCACGAGAUCUCACAAACCAAAGCCGACGCACUAAUGGCCUUAUACAACCUCUCAACACAUUCAGAAACUCUACGAGAUUCAAUCCUAGAAGCAAAUCCCAUUCCCUACAUCGUCAACAUGCUCAAAAGAUCUAAAAAGUCAUCCAAAACCGCAGAGAAAUGCACGGCUCUGUUGGAAUCGUUGGUAGCAACAGAGCCUGGGAGGAUCAUGUUGACGUCGGAAGAAGGUGGUGUACUUUCUGUAGUUGAAGUGUUGGAGAGCGGUUCUGUUUUAGGUCGAGAACAUGCGGUUGGGACGCUUUUAACUAUGUGUGAGAGUGAUAGGUGUAAAUAUAGGGAGCCGAUUCUUAGAGAAGGAGUUAUACCGGGGCUUUUGGAGUUGACGGUUCAAGGAGGGGAGAAAUCGCAGGGGAAGGCGCAGAGGCUGUUGCGGUUAUUGAGGGCGUCGACGAACCCUAGAUCGGAGUUUGAACCGGAUACGUUGGAGAAUAUAGUUUAUAAUAUUAUAUCUGGGAUUGGAAAUGAGGAACAGUGUGGGAAGGCUAAGCAGAUGUUGGCGGAGAUGGUGCAGGUAAGUAUGGAACAGAGCUUGAGACAUUUGGAGAAGAGGGCGGCGCCGGCCAUUGCUAGUUGUGCAUCUUCCAAAUGAGCUCACUUUAUUGGUUUGGUUUGUACAUUUCUUCUUCAUCAUCUUUUUCCUGUUAAAAAUGCUAGUCCAGACUUUGUCUAGUGACUGGUUUAUAAAAAAAAAAAAAGUGUCAAUAAAUUUGGGAAAAGCUUAGGAGGAUGUUCAGAAGCUUACUAGAGUCUUUCUUGUUUGCAUGUAGCUGUUUAUAACAGAAGAGAGGAAACUUGUGUAUAAUUAUACUAUUAUUAUUAAAUCAUAGAAAAUCUUUCGGAUUAU